AUGGGUUUCAAACCCCUCACUCUCCAUCUCAUGCCCUGGUGCUUCCACGUGGCCGGCGCCUCCCCGUGGCUUCCCAGCGACGCAGCUACCGACACCGCCGCCGACCCUCCACCGUCCAACCGAUCCGUCCGCCUGCUGGGCGCUGACGGCCGGAUCCGCAUCCAACACCUGCCCGUCUCGGCCGGCGAUCUCAUGGACGCGCACCCUCUCCACCUCCUCUGCCGCUCCGACGGCCUCGUCAUCGGCCAGCCCGUCCCCUGCCUAGCCCCCGAAGAGUUCCUCCUCCCCGGCCGCACCUACUUCCUCCUCCCCGCUCAUCUAUUUCGACCCGCCACCCCCCUCUCCUUCUCCUCCCUCGCAUCCUGCCUCGGCGACUUUCUCAAGCGAUCCGGCGGAUGCUCGCCGAUUCGACCGAUCGAGUUCCAGAAGACGCCCGCCGGAAGGCUCCAGGUCCGCGUGUCCGAUGAGUACCUGGAUCGGCUGGCGGAGGAGGAGGCCGCGGAGGAGAGAAGAGGGCGGGGGGUGUGCACGACGGAGGAGUUGGCCAAGGACUACAAGCAGUUGGUGAGAUGCCGUUCGUGGAAGCCGAAGCUGGAGACGAUCAAAGAGUCGGAGCGGAGCCGCGGCAUUUGGGGGUAUCGGACGAAGGAAGAGGAGCGCCCAAAACCAGAGCGCCACUAA